AUGUCGGCUGACUUGUCGAAGGCAUCGCCUUUGUCUCCGUUGUCGCCUCGCUCUCAGCCUCCCCUCUCAGGGCGACGCCUCGCGCACCAGCCUGAGCGUUCGUCGUCUCCGCCAGCGUCGCCUACGGAGGCCUCGCCUGCAUCUCCCGUCUUGCUCAGAGAGGAGCGGCGAGCGCUGGAGAAGGCCGCGUUGCAUUGCUGCUGGGCGCGGGGCGAGGCGAUGGCAGAAGGCGAAUCCACGGGAGACGGCGCGAGACCUCGAGACGACUCGCGCGAGCAGGCGGAGGCCUGUGGCUUUCUGGAGGAGUUGCGGCGUCUCCUCCGUCUCCACGUCUUUCAGCAUUCGGUCGCAAAGUCACCGUCUCUCGCGACAGACAAAGCCCGACUCGUCCCCAGGGGCCCCCGGACGCCUGCCGGCAUCCGUGCGGCGCUCUGCCACGUGGCCAAGUUGCUUCAGCUCCGCGCCUUGCAGCGAGCCCAAACGGACGCUCGCACGGCGCUGCGUCUUCUUCUUGUCGUCCACCGCCUCUCUCUCCAGCUUCCAACCGAAAUUCUGAAUGCGCCGGAUUCGCCUCUCGAGCGCCUGCCGCUGCUCCUCCUCCAGCGUCUCCACGCGCCUCGCGAGAGCGCGCCGCGAGACGGUCUUAAAGGACCAGCACAGCGAAGCCUUCGCGGGAACGACGGCGGAGACUCCGUCGAAGCGGGGAAUCUGCGCCUCGUCGCAGCCUACGCAGGAUGGUUGGAGCAGAAGCUGCUAGUUCUAAGAGACUUGGACCUUUUCUUCUCCGGCAAUUGGUCACUGGAGAGCUUUUUGAGGGCAAAUCGCCUCGAGAGUCUUCCGGCGCUGGCUGCAGCAGCGCGAGACGAAGACGCAGAGAGCGACGUGCACAUUUCGCCGGUGUCUGUUGACAUCUUGGAGAGGCUGCUCCAGUCCGUUCUCCUCCCCGCCCUGACGCUCUGCCGCGCCUUCGUUGGACAGGCAGAGACGCCUCUGUUUCCCCUCUGCGCCGCGCUCCUGUACCACCUAGCGGACGACGUCUGGGGGCUGUUCGCGGUGUGCAUGCACUUUUUUUCUCUGCUUCUCGCGCGCGCAGAAGAGCGCCGGCGCCGCCGACGCGCGGCGGCCCCAGCGUCUCAGCCCCGCCCAGCGCCGUGUGGCCGUGGACAGUCCGAGCAAAACCCCGCGACCGGCGACAAGCAGGCCGAGCCCCGGAGGCUCGCCGCGCAUGCAGGCGAAACCCCGCGGGAAGCCGCCGCGAACGCGCAGCUCGGACGGCGCCUCUCCAGCCUGCGGCCAGGCCUCAUCGAGGCAGUCCGCAGGCUGAAGGAAGCAGCGGACUGGUGCGUUGCGCUGUCGAGUAACAUCCGGCUGCUCGCGCGUCUCCGACAGCCACCGCCGUGUCUGCUGUCCCUGCUCGGCGACCUGCUUCAUGUGCCCCCGUCGUCUUUCUCUUUUUCGUCGUGUCUUCCGCUGGGAAUCAGUCCAAUCGGGCCGAAUUCGUUUCUCGUUCUCCGCAACGAUCACGCGCGGCUCCUCGCGCACCUUCCUCUUCCUGCGCCGUCCCUCGAAGACCUGGCUGCAGGCGCGCCUUCGCGGGGACUCCCUUCGCCGUCCUCGCGCGCGGCCUUCGCGUGCUCCGCGUGCUCUUCCGUUUCCUGCUUUGCCUCCUGGACGGCGUUUCUCGGGGGCGACCGGGCGUUCGCCUUCUACGUUCUCUGGUCGGUUCCCAGCCCUGGCGAGGCUCGCGCCGGGACCGCGCCUACGCCCGCCAUGACGCCUGGGCCGUGUGAGCCUGGAGCCCAAGGCGGGGUGGCUUCUUCCCGAGCUUCUCCGUCCCACAUGGGGGUUUCAGAGGCGUGCGCCGGAGCGCGGGAAGACGUUGCCAGGUGCGACUCUUCGACAGGCCGCGCCGCGGACGGGAACCGACGCACCCGAGGCGAGAGCGGCGCUCGGACGGUAGGGACACGAGAGCGCUCGCGUUCGCUGUCUUCGCGGUCUCGCGCGUCUUCGGCCUGUGGACGCGAGAGAGCAGGGAACGGUUCGCCUCUGUCGGAGCCAAGAAGAGAGGCAGGCUGUCCUUCCCCGUGGGUGUCUCGCGACGACGAAGCGGCGAACGACGCGCAAGUCAAUCUCUAUCGUCUCCCGCCGCCGGAGGACGACGAACCGUGGAGGAUGCAGAGGUCUUCGUCGUCCCGGAGUAGGCGUGCGUCCGGCGUUUUGGCUGCGCGGUCCCCGCGGGCGGGUGCGUCCCUCGCUUCGCAUCGAAGAAAAGAGAACCGCAGACGAGACGGAGCACGCGGGCUUUCAAGCAUGCAGCAGCUGAGCGGAUGCGCGCAGGCUGCUUUGCCCGGCAAUCGGCACAAGAAUGAGGAACACGCAGUCGCGUGUGUAGAGACGAGCGGGUUCGAGACCACGGCGGCGGUCUUCCCCGCGGGUUUCACGGCCGAGGACGUUUUCGCAGAGAAUCCGUUCUCGCCUCGACCGUCAGGGCCGCUCUUUCCGCCGGGCGACGAACCGCUCUUUCCCUCUUCCUCUGGGCAGACGUUUCCGUAUUCGUCUCCCUUCGCUGACGCCGUCCAGUCGCGCUUCUCGGAAGAAGGACGAGAAGGUCGAGAGAUGAAGCGGGGCGGGGAGAGCGCGUCGCCGCGGCCUGCGAGGGCCACCGGCCGUCGCGAGGCCGCGGCGCCAGCCCGAAGAAGCGGCGAGACGCGCGGCAAGGUGGGAUCGAACUUUCCCGACGACGAGACGCUGCAUGCGAGAGCGAGGUGCCGAGACAUCCGGGAAACGUGCACCUUUUCCGCAACGGAAAAGCGCAGCUGCUCAGCCGGAGGGUCGUCGGACGAACCCGAAGGCCCGCCGUCGGCAGCUGUCGCGUCCUUUGAAGAAGUCCUCCUAUCUUUCACAAAGAAAGGCGGACGCAGGGACUCAAGUUGCGACGCCACCCCAAGGGCCCUCGGCUGCUCCGACUGCUCGCCCCCGCCCUCGAGGCGUCCCCUCCGGAGAGACAGCGCAGAUGUGGCGAGGAACCAGACUCGGCAGGGCGAGGGGAAGCCCCGGUCGCACGCGAGACCAAGGCGCGGCGGGUCCUGUCGAGCUUCGAGAUCGGGGAGUCGCGGCGCUCCCCAGCAAGAGACAGCGGAAGCCUCUGACUCCCGUUGGCUUGGCGCCGGCGAGCUGGGACCAGGCCCCGACGAGGCCACUACGGCGGCAAGGGCGCAGGUGAACGGCGCGCCUUCGCGGCACGUUGCGUUUGCCCGAGGCGGUUCGCCGCCCGUCUUCCCUGAACUGUCCCCAGGAGACGACAGGGGGACUCGGCCAAGAGGGGAUCUCCCGGGUUGCUGGGAAGGUGUCUGGCGACAAGCAGGAGGCAGAACGCCUCCAAGUCUCCCGCACACCUACUCCGUUGACAUCUGGGAGGACCCGGACGUCCGGUUGUCGCGCACGCCGCCCCGGGAAACCGCGGCGCGAGACUCGCCGAGACGAAACAGUCAGGGCGAGGAUUCGCCCCCGCAGGCCCCCCCACAUGCCGACCCCCGUUUCCCCUCGCCAUUUCUGUCUCCGCAAGCUGCUUCCCCGUUCGCGUCGGCCAGGGGCGACUCCGAAGGCACGCACGACCGACGGGCGACAGCCCGUGACUGGCCUUGCGGCAGCGACGAGGGAGGGUCUGGACCGGUUGCGCCCAGUGGGUACUCGCCGUCUUCUCCGCCUCCGACCGCCGCAGGCGUCUCGCGGCUGCAGAGCCCGUCGCCAUGCUUCACUCUGCGGCAGCCGGGCCAGACGCGCGCACAGGCCUUUCCUCUUGGGCCUUUCCAGUCGCCGGCGGCAGUCCCCUGUCCCCGGCCGUGUCCGGUCCCGUCGCAGCCGUAUGGUGCGGGACUCAGUGCGGGUUAUCCGCAUGCAAGCGGAAGGGAAGGAUCCGAGGACUGUUUGUACUUUCCUCCGCCGCGUGGACCGGGGCCCGAAUGCCACCAGCCAUCAGAUCUCGCGGGUUUUGGAAACCCCGCGUGGAUCCCGUUCGUGCCUUCUGGCGCUGGGGCGCCGUGCGGCGCUCUUUUUUUCCCGCCGACUCCCGCGCGAAGUCCCCUUCAGCCACCUUGGUCACCAGCUCUGCCGUUCGCGGACCCAUCAGGCUUUGGCGCGUCUCCCGCGUGUCUCCCGCCCUUUGGAUUCGCGGGCGGGAGCAGUGAGCCUGCGCUGGCGCACGUCGAAGAGCCUGGCCAUCCGUCGCCGUUUUCUCCAGCGUUUUCUCCAGGUUUCUGCGGCGCCGGCGAGGCGCCUGGUCGACGGCGCGAGGCCAGCGAACCUCCCCGCCAUCCCCACCCCCGGCCGGUGGCCGUUGGGUCCCCACGCUUUCCCCUGGACCCUUUCGGGCCGCCCGAAGGCGGAUCCGCCGACUGGAGCAUUCCUCUAGGCGAGCUGCGUGUCGAGGAAAAGAUCGGCAGCGGGGCGUCCAGCGAGGUGUUUGCGGGGACGUGGCGGGGGUCGGAAGUCGCCAUCAAGCGCGUGGUGCUGCCGGAGAAUGAAAUGGCCUCGCGCGCCGUCCAGGACUUUGAGCGGGAACUGACGAUCAUGCUGCGCCUGCGGCACCCGAACCUCGUGCUCCUCAUGGGCGCGAAUCUGCACACGCGACCGCUCUUUGUCGUCACGGAAUUGUGUGCAGGCGGCAGCUUGUUCGAUCUUCUUCACGCCCGCGUCUUCCAGAGACUCGCCAGAGCGAGGCCCGCGAGGCAGAGACACCCGAGGGGCGCAGAAGACAAGAACGCUCGACGCGAGAGCGCCCGGCCACAAGCGCGAGGCGCAGCCGAAGCAGCGAGCGGGAGCUCGCGCCUUCUCGCAGGGUCGGACUGCCGAGCUCGGGAACGAAUCGACGGUCCGCGCCAAGGCGAGCGGCGCCGCCAGGGCGCCGCCGGGAGAGCGUCGAGGAAAGGACCGAGAGACAGGUCUCCCUCCUGGUCGUCUGACGACGGCUCGAGCGAUAACGAAGAUCGGCCGGUCUUGACUUGGUGGCAGAAGGCGAAAAUCGCCUUCGACGUCGCAAAAGGCUGUGCCUACCUCCACGGGUCUCGCCCGCCGAUCAUCCACCGCGAUUUGAAAUCCCUCAAUAUUCUUUUAACGGAGAAAAUCGUGCAUCGCCAGCAGGUUCCCCACGCAAAGGUGGCUGACUUUGGACUGAGUCGCAUCACAACCGUCGCGGAGAGUACCCACGCCGGGGAACAGCACGCCUCCGCGGAUGCUUAUUCGAGGCCGCUCGUCGCCAAUCCCGCGUUUCUGCCUGCGCACGCCUCGCCGCAUGGCCACGUGGCGGCGACGAGCCGCACCGGCAUCGUGGGGACCUACUACUGGAUGGCGCCGGAAGUUAUAGCCGCGGGCACGUACAGCGAGAAGAUCGACGUGUACUCGUACGGGAUCGUUUUGUAUGAGUUGCUGUCUGAAUCUCUCCCGUACGCGUGCCCCGCUGAGGAAGAGGCGAACGGACCGGAGCAAGCGGAGCGCCGGCAGCGAUUCACGCGCUCACCUGCGUGGGGGGGUUGCCAGGACGGGCGCGGAGGCGGAACGCGAGGCAGGGACGCAUCACCUCGUCGCGACUCCUCGUCCUCCGCUUCUUCCUGCUACGCGUCCACCCCAGGCGACAGGAGCAGCCGAGACAGCUCAGAAGACAACUCAAGCGACGCGCGUCGCUCUUCGCGCUCGCUGCACACGUCCAGUUCCGAGGCGUCGGACUCCCCUCGCAGGUGUAGCAGGCGGAAAACCGACAAAGGGAAGCAACCCCGCGCGCCGUUUGGCCAGCUCGAGCUGGAGCCGCAGCAGAUGAAGCCAAGGCAACGCGCAGCCGCUGCGCCGCUCUCGCCGCCGGAAGUCUGCAGAAAAGUCGUGCGCGGGGAACGCCCGGAUCUCCUGCGUAUUCCGGCAGAUUGUCCCCCCCCGCUCCUAGAACUAAUGCAAGCGUGCUGGCAACAGAACGCGGCUCGGCGGCCUUCUUUCGAGGCGAUCACGCAGAUCCUGCGCUCCUUCUUGCAGAAACACGGCGCUGUCCCCCGAGGCUGA